CAUUUCUGUAUCUCCUUCGGAAAUUUCGUCUCUUUCUGUGUUGGGGGUCACUGCUAGUUAACGCCCCACGCGGUUCCACUUUUUUUCCCUCUUUCCCCUUUCGGACGUUCGUUUCUUCUUGCGGUAUCCGUGUGCCCUAUCGAGUCAACUUUUCCGCGCGCAGGCUGACGUCUUCCAGGGACGUUCGAUCCGGGAUCACUCACAUAAAUUGAAAACACCAACGUUUUCUUCAUGCGGACUGAAUUAUACGGUGGUCUAUGUGACGAUGCGGGUUGUGGAUAACUCCAUUCUUCUGUGGACCUUUGUUAGUGUCUGCCGCGGUGCCAGAGCCCAUGUAGGCAUUUCUGGUGUUUUGCCGGAUCCCGUUUAUUCUUUUGCUUCUCUUUAGCAGUAUGUUCUGUUUCCCAUUGCUGUUUUCUGUUAUAUGUCUCCGCCCACUAAUUCAUUGUGGCAUUUGCUGAAUUGAAAAUCCGUAUUCACACAUGCACGGUGCCGCGAGUCAUCGAUGUCGCGCGAUAGCCGAACGCGCUGAAUAUGAAGAGUACACUUCCGCAGUAAAAUCUCAUUAUCGGACUGGCUGAAUUUGUUUACUCAAUUCUUGUUUGUAAGGCGUAUUCAAAGCUGGAGGAGGUACUUGAGUUACUGAGGGAGGCUACCUGGAAGUGCUCCCGAAUGUGUAUGAAGCGCUACCAUUCGAACACAACCCCUCUGCUAACUGUCCUAAAAGAGCGUUUUCUUGGGCUCUACGAUAAUGGAUCAUAGAAGUGAAAUCGGUGUCUCCUUGUGCUUAGUUUUCUUUUAGGCUACAUUCAGGGAGGAAGACAUUUGCUUGUCAAGCCGCCCUUGGAACUAGCUUCGGUCAUUAAAGCUGUGCCACGGAGGUGUAUCGUCGCGCUCCGGCUACGUGCUAUGUCCUUUUGAAACGUUCCUACUCGCUUGCAAUCCCUGGCAGGUUGAGGAGGGGAAUGCCAGAGAUAAAAUGGAGGCACGAGAAAGAGUGGAAGAUGACGUUCUUUCCCAGCAGGUCCGUCCAGAGCCAGAAAAAGGUUUGCCUGAAAUUGUGGUCUGUGCAAAGACUGUCGGCAUGACCUCGUCGGAGAAGGUGAGCAAACCUGGUCAAGGGCUACAUCAGAAAUCGAGGGCCGUUUCAAAACCGAAAGGACGCGUUGCCACAGGACGUUUUCCCGUUUUGUUGAAACGAGAGGAAACGCCGAUCCGGGCCACGUCCGGUCACCACCCAAAAGAGCAAGGAACAGACGCAUCAGGAGAUGAAUCUGCAUGGAGCGACGCAAGCAGCGAUGUAGAGCCCCUUACACUGACAUCCCCAGUUCGAGAUUUGAAGCGAAGGGAGUUCGAUGUGAAACUGAACGUGUUGCGAAGCCUCGUAAAAGCACGAGGCUCAGGCAGCCUUGUCCAUCGGCCGGGAGUCGAAGAGGGAAGUGAGACUGAUGAGUCCGGAUGCUGCCGGAUACCUCCACAGGGGCAGCUUGGUUUGGAGCCGACUGUAUGUACACCGCAGGCAGCCGGUCAAGCGAGGGAAAGCUCAGCAGCAUGUUGCGAAAGCCUGCGUUCGGCCUUUCUUGGGAAAAAGGCACAGAGGGGGGCAAUGCGAACAGCAGAGAACCGACGGGGAACGAGGCGAGGCGUGCAAGUGAUGAAGAAGAAGGCCCUUUUGGCAAAACUGUGUCUUGACAACGAUAGUGGUGAAAACGUCCAGCAGCGCAGAAUCAAAGAAUCACGAGACAGAAUGUUCGGUGCCGGGAGAGCAAGUGUCGACAAGAACCGGAGAGGGAGGCGUCGAGUACCAGGGGGGGUUGAGGGAUUUCUGGGCACUGACAACGAAUCUAUGUGGAUGAGUACUGCUUAUUUGAAAGACCGGGCAGGCGACUAUGCAGAUGACCUUCUCGACAAUCUAGGGCUUCUUGCCACAAACGAUUUCCUGGACAGGGAGUUGGACAGAGACACACUGCUACUGGAUUAUGAUGAUUCUCUCUUUGAUGAUGACGAUGACUUGCUCUUCCCUGACGACCCGUCAAACAGUCGUUACUUUCUCCCGGAUGGGUACCCGCCGUCGCCUGGUCGACGAAACGAGGAGCGCGUCAUCGACAUCUCCAGCCCCAGAGAGGACAAGUCUUUGAGCGAACUCGAGAAAGAGACAGAUGACGCUACAACGUGGACCAUCAUGAGACAGAUGGUUGGUUCUCUUGGAGUGCGACACUGGGCGGCGUUUCUUCAGGUUCAGGCGGAGUUCUGGCUGUACAGUUCUGCGCAUCGGCAGGCCCUUAUCACCGCAACUGCUGCCCAGCGGUUUCUACGAGAAGCGGGGGGCACGAAGACCGGAGAAACUCAGGAGAAAAACGGCAGUGCCAAGGAUGUAACCGCGACAGCAACCGCUUGCAAGCGGAGAGAACAAGAGUCAGCUGCCGCAUCGGUGGAUUCGCGUGCCGACUUGACACCCACUUUGGCUGUUAAGAUGGUCGCUGCAUGCGCACUUCGGCAGUUUGACAGAAGCAAUGAAUAUCUGAGGCAAUUACGUGGUCGAGAUCUGAACGCUCUAUCCGAACCCCUUCAAGCGUACUUGGAGGAGGCAGUUCGCUUUCUAGCUGAAAAUACAACCCCCACUCUUCCUUCGGUGCAGCUGGUUCCUCGUGUCUAA